GCUUUUAUUCUGUGAAAGAGUCCAGUUCACAUCUGUUUAUAGCUCUUGCAAUUGCCUUCAAACUGCUUUUACGCUUUUAUAAAACCUUUUUAACCAAUUAGUAUUAUUAUUCGUUGUAAAACAACCAUGUAUCGAUUGUUGUGUUUAUCACGGGGCUUGAACUGCACACAAUGCACAUGCCGUGCAGAAAAAUCCGAUCGCUUAGUGUCUUUGUUGACAAACAGAAAUAAGUACAGAGAUCAGCUGAUGAGAAGAUUCAUUUCAACACAGAGGAGAUCUCCCUUAUUUUCUAACAACAAGCGGUCCUUAUGGAUCCUGGGCAUCGGAACAGGUUUUGUUUUGGCUCUGGGGUUGAAGUAUGGGGAUUUUGUGUCUGAACACUGUGAAUGUGAUGUGCAGAAAACAUAUAGAGCUCAGGCGGACUCAAAGUACACAGCUGCUAUAGAGGUCAGCAGAGACCUCGUACGCCGGAUAAAGGUAAAGGAUGAAGUUGGAGCUCCCGGCAUAGUAAUUGGCGUUUCAGUGGAUGGAAGUCCGGUUUGGUGUGAAGGAGUUGGCUAUGCAGAUCUGGAGAACAGAGUGCCUUGUAGUCCACAGACAGUUAUGAGAAUCGCCAGCAUCAGUAAACCUCUCACCGCGGCAGCUGUCGCUCGACUUUGGGAGGAGGGCAAGAUCGAUCUUGAAGCCCCUGUGCAAAAAUACGUCCCUGAAUUUCCCGAGAAACAAUUUGAGGGAGAGGAUGUCACAAUAACUUCUCGAAUGCUCUUGUCUCACUUGAGCGGCAUCCGUCACUAUGAAAAAGACGCCAAGAAAGUGAGAGAGGACAUGGAGAAAGCUAAGCGCCUUCUUAAACCCCCAGAGAAAAAAGAAGAGAACAACUCGGCCGAGAACAAAGAGAAGCCACAGGCGAAGGACAGCGGUGCUAAAAGCAAAGAGGCUAAAGGACGGCAGAGGAAAAAAGAGUUCGAGCAGAAGGAGUACUACCUCAAAGACAGCUUUGAGAAUGUCAUCCAGGCUUUGGAUUUAUUCAAAGACGAUCCUUUGAUUUUUAAACCUGGUUCUACAUUUCUAUACUCCACACAUGCCUUUACACUGCUCAGUGCCGUGGUGGAGAGAGCAGCCGGUCAACGCUUCCUCGACUACAUGAUGAAGAUGUUUCGAGAGAUGGGGAUGCUUAACACCAUUCCAGACGAAAACGACCCAAUCAUUUACAACCGCUCAAGAUUUUACCACCUAAAUAAAAAGAGUCGCAUCGUCAAUUGCCCCUACGUGGAUAAUUCAUACAAAUGGGCUGGAGGUGGAUUUCUGUCCACCGUCGGUGACCUUCUGGUCUUUGGAAACAUUUUGCUCUACAGCUAUCAGAUGGCUGAACUGAAGAACAUGGACGGGCUGCUUCCUGGCUUCCUCAAACCCAGCACGGCCAAAGCCAUGUGGGCACCGGUGGAUAAAACCGAACCAACUUGGGACAAAGACGGAAUGUAUGCCCAGGCCUGGCUGGUGGUGGAGAAACGGCAAGAAUACGGCCAGUGCCGCAGUCGUAGGCAUUACGUCUCGCACACAGGGGGCGCUGUGGGGGCCAGUAGCGUUUUGCUGGUGUUGCCCAGAGAAAGCGCACAGGGUGCUCAUGGGAAGCCUUGCCUUCCACAAGGGGUGGUGGUUACCAUCAUCACCAACAUGCAGUCAGUUGGCCUCAAUACCACCGCGCUAAAGAUCGCCCAGGAAUUUGAUAGCGCAAGGGACAAAUAAAUCACAUAUGAUUGGUAGUUACAAUCGUUUGCACAUAUCCUGCCGUUUAUUACCUUAUUAGCCAUGUCGAGAGAUUUCUGUGGCUCAGGUGAGGACAUUCUUCUCAUGUUUAAAACGCGGCGGUGUUAUCGCGCCUCGGUUUUUAUUGCACUGUUGUGCCAAGUGAUCAUUUUAAUAGAUUUUGUACACAUAUUAAAUGUGGAAUAUAUAAUAAAUGUCUUUUUUUAAAACCUAAAUGACAAAUGAAAUGUCCUUUGUUGAUCAACAUGGCAUAUACUACCAUACUAGUCUUACUAUUUCUGCAGUAUGCUAUUAUGCAGUUUCUUUAUGGACUCUAACAAUGGUUUAACCCUUUCAGACCCUGCGUCCACUGGAAAGACAUCACAUUUUUUGUGGUCUAAAUCAACAAAAAAGCUGAUCAACCAAUCAAAAUAAGGCACACUGAUUAAACCACCUAAAAAAUCAGGUCUAAAGGGGUUAAGCAAUGGUUGGGUUAAAUGUCUGAUAUGCUAUACAUACAAAUCACCACUAGAUGGAGACUGUUUCACCACUUCUCAACAAAGUGUUUCAAAGGUUUCCGAAUGAAAACUAGUAUACUUUAGUAUUUACUAUAGUAUACUGUAGUAAAUACUGUAGUAUACUUUAAUAUUUAGUGUGGUAAACUAUAUGCUGUAGUAUAUUAUAGAAAUGAAUUCACUUUAUAUAUGUGUACAAGUACUACAGUAAUUUAAACCAUUGUAAACACGAAAACUGUAGUAAAGGCUGUAGUCCACAUUAAUAUUUACUAUAAUAAACUGUAGUAUACU